AUGGACAUGACCGACGAAACGUCUGGGGUUGCUCAUCAAAGAAACCGACCCCCAAAGAACGGACCCCGCGCAUGCCAGGGACCUAGUACUGUCGAUGGUGUCCACUCGACAGCACAGUGUCCACCCGACAGCACAGAAGAGGGCCUGUGGAUUGGGUGCGCGGCGCUCGCUCAGGAGGUCGGCCAAUGGCUGGCAUGGAGUGACGCCAGACGCGGCUCCACCUCUGCCUCUCUCCUCUGCCUCUCUGCCUCAGUACGGUACCAACAGUACCAGCGGUACCUAGGUCUGUCUGCCUGUAGUGCCUGCGUCCCUGCGUGCCGGCGGGAAGAAUUUUCGGCGGUUGUCGACGGUUGUUUCGUGUCGAGGGCGCUGACGACGCUGCUGAGGUACCUCGACGUGGGUGCAGGCCGUGCGGCGAGACAAGUCACUCUCGGGAAACGCCAGCCCACCGUCUCGGCCUACCGUCCUGACUUUUCUCUCGCCCUCUUCCGUCUCCAUGCUCGGCCCCAGGAACAUCGGCCAUCUCUUCCUAACAACACGACCGUCCCAGAUCUCCCACUCGCUAGAGAUCGGACCGUCCUCCAACAAACCUCCUUCUUCGCUGCCCUCGGUACCUCGGUCCUGUUCACGCUCGGCAUCGCAAUUGCCUUCUCCUUCCUGCGACCCUACAACCAGUCCGUCUACGCCCCCAAGACCAAGCAUGCCGACGAGAAGCACGCCCCGCCGCCCAUCGGCCGCAAGCUCUGGUCCUGGGUCUUCCCCCUGUGGAGCACCACCGAGUACGAGUUCAUCCAGUACGCCGGCAUGGACGCCGCCAUCUUCAUGCGCUUCGUCGAGAUGCUGCGGAACCUCUUCGUCACCCUGACCGUCUUUGUGCUCGCCAUCCUGAUCCCCGUCAACCUCACCCAGGUCGACGUCUCGGGCGAGGGCCGCGCCUGGCUGGCCAUGCUGACGCCCUCGAACGUCUGGGGCGACGCCCAGUGGGCCCAGGUCACCGUCGCCUACGGCAUCAACGCCAUUGUCAUGUUCUUCUUGUGGUGGAACACGAAAAAGGUCCUGCACCUGCGCCGUCGCUACUUCGAGAGCGACGAGUACCAGAACAGCCUGCACGCGAGGACGCUGAUGCUCUACGAUCUUCCCAAGGACCGCAGCUCCGACGAGGGCAUCGCCCGCAUCAUCGACGAGGUCGUUCCCAGCUCCUCCUUCUCCCGCACCGCCGUCGCCCGCAACGUCAAGGAUCUGCCCAAGCUCAUCGCCCAGCACGACCACACCGUGCGCAAGCUCGAGUCCGUCCUCGCCAAGUACAUGAAGAACCCGGCCCAGCUGCCGCCCAACAGGCCGCUCUGCAAGCCCUCGAAGAAGGACCCCUCGUUCAGCACCUACCCCAAGGGACAAAAGGUCGACGCCAUUGAGUACCUGACGCAGCGCAUCAAGACGCUCGAGGUCGAGAUCAAGCAGGUCCGCCAGAGCGUCGACAAGCGCAGCUCCAUGCCCUACGGCUUCGCCAGCUACUCCGACAUCACCGAGGCCCACAACAUCGCCUACGCCUGCCGCAAGAAGCACCCCCGCGGCUCGACCAUCAAGCUGGCCCCGCGGCCCAACGACAUCAUCUGGAACAACCUGCCGCUGUCGGCGUCCACGCGCCGCUGGAGGCGCGUCAUCAACAACCUGUGGAUCACCCUGCUCACCUUCAUCUGGAUCGGCCCCAACGCCAUGAUCGCCGUCUUCCUCGUCAACCUCAACAACCUGGGCCGCGUCUGGCGCGAGUUCCAGACCGAGCUCGUCGAGAACAAGACCUUUCUGGGGCCUUCGUCCAGGGCAUCGCCGCGCCGGCCAUCACCUCGCUCGUCUUCCUCCGGUCGCGAGCGCCACGUCGUCGCCAAGCUGUACGCCUUCUUCGUCUUCAACAACCUGGUCGUCUUCUCCCUGUUCAGCGCCACCUGGACCUUCAUCGCCGGCGUCAUCAACAGGACCGGCCACGGCGCCGACGCCUGGGACGCCAUCCUCGAGGAGAACAUCGCCGACACCCUGUUCCUCGCCCUCUGCACCGUCAGCCCCUUCUGGGUCAACUGGCUCCUCCAGCGCCAGCUCGGUGCCGCCAUCGACCUGGCCCAGUUCUGGCCCCUGAUCUACAGCUUCUUCGCCCGCAAGUUCUCGAGCCCCACGCCGCGCGACCUCAUCGAGCUCACGGCGCCCCCGGCCUUCGACUACGCCCCCUACUACAACUACUUCCUCUACUACUCGACCAUUGCUCUGUGCUUCGCCGGCAUCCAGCCCAUCACCCUGCCGGCCGUGGCCCUGUAUUUCGCCAUCGACGUCUGGCUGAAGCGCUACCUCCUGCUCUACGUCUUCGUCACCAAGACCGAGUCGGGCGGCAUGUUCUGGCGCGUCGUCUUCAACCGCGUCAUCUUCGCCACCAUGCUCGCCGACCUCGUCUUCUUCCUGACCUGCUGGGUUCGUGGCGAGGGCGCCCACCACACCCACGCCCUCGCCAUCGUUCCUCUGCCGUUUCUCAUGCUCCCUCUUCAAGUUCGUCUCCUCCCGCCAGUUCGACGACAAGAUCCGGCUACUACUCGACCCUCAACGUCGCCAAGCACCCCGAGAGCGGCCUCCAGAAGGAACAGCGUCUGCGCAGCGAGAGGCUCGCGUCGCGCUUCGGCCACCCGGCCCUGUACAAGCCCCUCAUCACGCCCAUGGUGCACCAGAAGGCCCAGGCGACGCUCCACAUUGUGUACAAGGGCCGUCUGUCCGACGGGCGCGAGGCCGGCGCCAUGGACGGCAUGUCCGUCUCCUGGCUACUCGGACACGUUUGCGCUGGACCCCAUGAACGCCGGCAAGCCCGGCAAGCAGAUGAACACCAACGUGCCCGGCUUCGAGUUCGUCUCGGACUCGCACAUGGAUUUCGAAUUCUACAAGAACCGGCCGGAAUUCGCCGACGAGCACGGCCAAGGCGACCUCUUUGGCGCCGACGCCGACAGGAUGAGGCCCGGCACCCCCGGUUCCCACGGCGGCGAGUCCGACUACUCGCGCCCCGGCACGCCCACGAUGAACGCCAUGGCCGGCGGCAUGACGGGCUUCAACCGGCCCCUCCACCGCGCGCCGACCCACGAGUUCAACACGGCGGCAGCAGGCUACCACUCGCCCAACGGCGGCCGCGCCUCGCCCGGCCCGGGAUUCCCGCAGGGCAUGUGCUACGACCGCUCGCGCAGCCCGCUGUACGCCAACGCCAACGGCAACGGCAGCAACACGGCACUCGUGCAGGACGCGGCGGGCAUGGGCAUGGGCAUGGGCAUGGGCGCGCCGGCGCCCAGCUACAGCAACAACAGCGUCGGCGGGGGCCGCGUUCGCAGCGUCGACAGCUUCCGCAUGAGCCCACGCCGGUACCCAGCACCGGCGCGCUCGGCGACGGGACCGAGGGGGUAUAGCAACCUCCCUCAGGUCGAGGCCGACCUAAGCCCUGGCGACUCGGACCCCAGAAAGAUGACUACUUCCGGGCACGCGCGCAGCCAGAGCGGCCUGCGAGGGGUGUAG